AAAAAAAAAAAAAGAAAAAGAAACUACACACAUCCCGCAUUCGCAUACAGCCAAUCCCGAUCCAUAAACCAUUCUCAUUUGUUCACCUUGUCCACCAUGUUGACACUCUCGCCAACAACCAGCAAACCACGUGGAAUCUCACAACAGAAACAGAAAGGUUCUCAUUCCUCGAGAGACCAUGGGUUUGAGCAGGAGGAAGAAGAGGAUCUUAUUGAACAGCUCAAUCGGAAGUUGUCUAAUGUCACAUUGAAUCCUUCAACGACCAUUCCUGACGAGAUGAAUAUGGCAGAUAUCUCCACAAUGCUACCGACAUUUGCGCAACCUUUAUACAAUUUGUUAGCUUCUGGAGUAUAUGAGCAGCAGUUGCUAGCCAUGGUGCGAAUCCGCAAGUACUUAUCACUACAGGAUGUACUGCCAAGAAUUGAUAAUGUGCUGGCAUUGGACUGCAUUAACUUUUUCAUCACCUUUCUGAACAUGAGCGACUGUCCGGAUCUUCAAUAUGAAACUGCGUGGGUUGUUACAAACAUUGCUGCAGGAACCACUCAACAAACAGAAAGACUUGUCAAUGCUGGUAUCUUGGCUCCAUUAAUUCAUAAUCUUCGCGUGUCCAGAUGCGUUCAUGUUCAAACACAGACCAUUUGGGCGCUAGGAAACAUAUCAGGUGACGGUCCUCCAUUUCGUGAUCUCAUUCUAGGAUCUGGUGCUUUGGAAGUGAUCAUACAGCUCAUUGAGAUGUGUGAGGAUCCCUCUGUUGCCAAGGAUCAAAAAUAUAUGAUUUUGAGGAUUGCUGUAUGGUGCGUCUCCAACCUCUGCAGGGGAAGCGGUCGUUGUGCACCAGAGUGGUUACAGGUUACGCCUGCAUUUCCAAUACUUCGUCGUCUCAUGUAUUCCGACGAUGUGGAAAUUCUGGCAGAUACAUGCUGGGCAAUGUGUCGAAUCCUCAAUGGCACGCACAAGAUGAAUCUGGAUACUGUUGUUAUUGAUCGAGAGCUGUGCGCACGUUUCGUGGCGUUGCUAAGCGAGCCUCAUCCUACGAUCCAAGUUCCUUCUCUCAGAUCACUGAUUAAUAUUGCUUCUGGUCCAGAGCACCAUACUCAACUCUUGAUUGAUGCGGAGGCGAUUCCAGUCCUAGGAUCAGAGGAGAUGUUGGGUCAUCAUAACAGUACCAUUCGUCGGGAUGCACUGCUGGGCAUCUCUAAUAUUACUGCAGGCACAGCAGAUCAAGUGCGGGAAGUCACCAUCCAGGACAAUGGUAAUGUGAUGCGUCGUGUUUUAGACGUCCUUCGGAGAGGAGAUAUUGGAGGCGAAGAACUUGCAGAGGGCACAGAGGGUCACGACGAAGGUGGAGACUGGCGAGUUUUGCGCGAGGCUGCUUGGGUGGUUAGCAAUGCAACCAGUGUACUGGAUCUUGAUAUUACAGGGCAUCUUGUCUAUCGCCUUGAUCUGCUUCCAUCUAUUGCUCAGUUGAUCGAUCCUCGUCCGGCUCGCAAAGCAAACUAUAUCCUUCCAGCUGUUGGCCUACGACACUCUGCUCUCUUGACGAAGUUGCUGGACAUCAUAUUCAACGUUUUAAGGUGCAAUGAACAUUAUCCUAAGGAACAAUUUAUGAAGAUUUGGGUAAAUGAUUGUGAGGGCGGGACGAUUCUGCUAGAGCUACUUAAGCUAUCAAGUCAAACACCAGCAGAAUUUCAUCUGCGACAUCUCGAUAAUCUCAAACUGACGCCCCGUCCAUUGCAACACCUUCGAUUUGCACCAGAUGGUAGUCCCAAACCAUCAUCGGUUAUGGCGCCGCUUGGUCCAUCUGUUAAGAAGCGAGUGGAGACAAUUCUGGAUAAUUUCUUUGAAUUUGGACCGGAUAACGAUGGAUUUGGACCAUUCUUCGGAGAACGUCAGCAAGGGGGCCAUUCUGGCAAUCGACCUCCACGCGAUGAGUAUGGUACGGACGACCACGAUGAAGAACAUGAAGAUGAGUUUGAUGAUGAGGAACAUGGGUACAAGAGUGGAUACUAUACGACCCGUGGUGUAUCGAAUAAGCCUAGUACAGACUUUGAUAUCGAUGAAAUGGAGGAGCGUGUGAGUCGUAUGAAUCUCACAUAGGAGCCACCUUGGCUGGCCUCUGGCUCUUUAGUGCCCCUCUUCUACUUUGCAAAACAGUUGUCAGCGUUCGGAAUCCUU